CAGGGGCCACAGGACUUGCCUCCCGCUUCCGGCCGGUCGGCCGAGCGCUGAGCCAGUGCCUCCCUGGAGCCUGGGGGCUCCUCGGGGAUCUCCCUUCCCCUCCGGCUCGCGUUGGGUCGCUCCAGCCGCUGGGCUUUUAAAGGGGCUGCCGAGGCCGACAGCAGCGAGGGGGCGGUGCUGGGCUCGUGGCCCGUACAGAGCGGCUUGCUGGGGGCCGGCCGGGGGCGAUGGGGAGCUGAGCCCCAGGCUGUGACCUGAAGCUGUCCUGUGACCGAGCAGCCCAGUGAGAGAGAAUGCGUGGAGGCUCUGUGCUGGCAGUGCCAUGGCUCCUGGUCCUUGCUGUCACUGGCGGCCGUGGGCAGGAUGAGAAGCCAGCCUUUGCCCCCCUUUUCACUCGGAAGCCCUUCAUUGUGGCCUGGAAUGCACCCACCCAGGACUGCAGGCCCCGCUUCAAGGUCCAGCUGGACUUCAGCCUCUUUGACCUGCAGGCCUCGCCCAAUGAGGGCUUUGUAGACCAGAACCUCACCAUCUUCUACAAGGAGCGCCUGGGCCUCUACCCCUACUAUGAUGAGCAGCAGGUGGCUGUGAAUGGGGGUGUCCCCCAGAACAGCAGCCUACGGGAGCACCUGGACCGCCUCCAGGAGGGCAUCCGGAAGUACAUCCGCUCAGAGGCCAAGGAAGGGCUGGCUGUCAUCGACUGGGAGGAAUGGCGGCCCAUCUGGAUCCGCAACUGGCAGAACAAAGACAUCUACCGCAAGAACUCCCGCCAGCUGGUGCUGUCGCAGCACCCCAACUGGCAGGAGGACAUGGUGAACAAGGAGGCCCAGUAUGAGUUUGAGAGCUCAGCCCGGAGAUUCAUGCUUCACACCCUGCAGCAUGCCAAGAGCUACCGGCCCAAGCAGCUGUGGGGUUACUACCUCUUCCCGGACUGCUACAACCAUGACUACAGCAAGAAUCCAGACAGCUACACGGGCCGCUGCCCUGACGUGGAGGAGACACGCAAUGACCGGCUGUCCUGGCUCUGGAAGGAGAGCACAGCCCUCUACCCCUCCAUCUACCUAGACCAGGUCCUGGCCUCCUCUGUGAACGGCCGCAAGUUCGUGCGCUCGCGGGUCAUGGAGGCCUUGCGGAUCUCCCACCAGCACCAUGAUGGCUACUCGCUGCCAGUCUUCGUCUACACCAGGCCCACCUACAGCCGUAAGCUGGACGUCCUGAGCAGGAUGGACCUGGUCUCCACCAUUGGUGAGAGUGCUGCCCUGGGGGCAGCUGGUGCCAUCUUCUGGGGUGAUGCAGACUACACCAAGAGCCAGAGCACCUGCCGGACCAUCAAGGCCUACCUGGAGGAAGAGCUGGGUCACUACAUCAUCAACGUCACCACGGCAGCUCAGCGCUGCAGCCAGGCACUGUGCCAGGGCUGGGGGCGCUGCCUGCGCCGGGACAGCACCGCCAACGUCUUCCUCCACCUCAACCCGCUCAGCUUCCAGAUCCGGCGCCGGGGUGAGGCAGACGGGCAGCAGCCAAUGCUGCGGGUGGAGGGGGAGCUGUCUGCCGCCGACACCGCCUACCUACGGACCCACUUCCGGUGCCAGUGUUACCAGGGCUGGCGUGGGGACGCGUGCGAGCGGCAGCUGAGCACACACAACAGUGGAGCCUGCCCGACUUGUGCCAUUCUGGGACUCCUGGCGCUGGGGCUCCUGGCCCACUUGGACUAGCUUGGCCCCUUACUGGGGUCCUCAUGGCAGUAGGCAGUCUCCUGGUGCUUAGCAUGGCAGGGGCAUGGGUGCAAUAGAUGGCACUUGUAGCCAGAGCCUGGCGUGCCCCUCCGUGGGGCAGACAGACUUAGAACCCAGGAGCCUUUUGUAUUUCAUUUAGUACCGAUGUAGUGGAUCUCUUGGAGGUGGCCCUCUGCCAUGGCUGAGGGGGCAAGAGACCCCUCCAGCGCUCCCUGUUGGCCAGCAGAGUGCCUGCAGCUGUGGGGUGGAGGGUGUUCUUGGGCAGUGAUGCAGGGGUAGGGGGCAGCCUGCAGCUGGGAGUGAGGGGAGAUCUGCCCUGGUGUGGAAAUACAAGGGCUGUGCCCAGGACUGGCUUCAUCCCCCAGGGCCAGGUAGCCCCUCCUUCCCUGCUGCUGGGUGUGCCCCAAUGUGGAGCCUGGCCCCAUGGUGCUGGGGGGGUGCUCAUCCCCCUCCCCAGUUCAGCAGAGGGACAGGGGCCUCUUGGCGUGAGCCAAGCUGCACAGGGGGUGUGGGGUGCCUCCUAGCUCUACUCUAGGCUUUGGGGUUGGUGGAGGAGCAAGGGGAUGGCAGGGCCCUUCUUCUGGUGUAAGGAGGGGGGUGGCUAUGCAAUGAGCGGAGGAGUGUCUGGGAGGCAAGGCCUGAUGUGACAUACUACUGUAUGUGUCUGGAAACCCCCCUGGGGCUGAGUUUACGGGCUGGGGGAGGAUCUGCCUUUCAGUGCCUGAGUGAGGUGGGGCCUGGGCCGGGGGCCUCCUGGGAGCCAGCGCCCUGCCUCUGUCACCGAGAAACCAAAGUGCUUUACCUCACCAUUAAAGGCAGAAUGAGAGAGCAGGCGGCUGCUGUUGGCUUAUGGCGCGGCUCCCCCUUGCCCUGAGAGCAGGGGACAGUCCCAUUUUCCCCACCCCUGCUGCAGGGGAGGUUGGGGCAGGCGUUCUGGGGGCUUUUAGUUGGGCCCCUCUUGGCUGGCACAGUACCUGGGCUAGGGAGGCAACUAUAUCUGAGUCAAGUUUGGACCAUACUGCUUUCCCCCCCCCCAUGCUGCCAAUUCCCUGUUUCUCCUGGCCCCUAGUGUGUGACUCAACAGCCAGCAUGCAUGGUACCAAGCACCCCUCCCUCCCUCCCCAGCUCACUGAGCUGCCCUCUGUUAGCCCCUGGCACACAGCAUGGAGACAUCUGCCCGUGAGGUCUCCUGCUCCUGUAGGGUGUGCACUCUCCCUGGCUGGGCAAGGCUGGGCCGUGGCUUCCCUUUGCCCCUGGGGUGGCAGCAGAAGAAAGCUGUGGGGAAGGCUAGCUUGUGGAGGGGGCAUUAAGGCUGGGAGCUGGCAUGAGUCAUGCCUGCAGCUCCAGGCCACGGGGGGCCAGCAGGCAGCCCCAUGUCUCCCUAGCCCAGCCCCCAGCUAGGUCAUUUAUCGUUCAGCCUGUGACUUGUUCCAUGUACAGAGGCUGGUACCUCAUGGGACACCUGCCCCUUUGCCUGACCUCCAGGAGUGGCCAGAGCCCCCUCAUGCCAACAGCUGUCCAUAAAACUAUUGGUGGCCCUGCGUGCUAGCAGCGUGGGUUCUGCAGGCGUUGGGGAGAUACGCAGGGGUGUUUGUGUUGCGUACGGGAAUGCUGCAUGCUCAUUCAAGGCCAGCAGCGAGGAGGAAAGCUGGGGCUGCUGAAACCCCAGUGGGUGACUGACCCUCUCUGGGGGGUUUCUCUGGAAGCCAUGUGGCUGGGGGCUCAGGAUUAAUUACAGGAGGUGAGAUCCAUCUCUGACAGCUGGCCCUGCUCAUGCAUUGCAGGGUGCUGCACUGAGCUACAUAGCUCCCCCCUUGCUGCCAGCCCCCAGCUCUGAGUGUUGGAAGCUUGGCUCCAGGGGGUGCCUGUUGCUCUGGGAUGUUUCCCUUCCCCGUGGGCUCAUGCCGCUCAGUAUGGUGUGAAGCCAGGAGGGAGGGGGGGCUGUCUUUGCCCACUCGUCUUUGUGUUCUCCUUAAAUAGUGCACGUGUUGGUGCUAUCCACCCCCCAUACCACCACUGCCCCAGGCAUGAUCACCCUGGGUUGGGACUAGCACUAGGGGAGGGGCCUUGCUUUAGCAGCUGGCCUGAAAUACAGCAGCAUGCGGGGAUUGGCAUUGAUUGAUGGGAGAGCGCCCCCUACUGAGUAACCCCCUCUGCUCCCUGAAACACAGCAUCCUGAGCUUCCCAUGGGGGUCAGCAGUGACUGAGGGGAGCAUGCCCCCUACUGAGCCCCUUACUCAGGCCUGGUGCUACUGGAAGGAUAUGGGGGCAUUUGCCUCCCCCCCAGCAAGUUCCUAGGGCCCCCAAAUUAUUGUCAGAAAAGCCAGAACAUGCCAGUCUUCAUCUUUUCUAUAACAGACAUCACAGAGCAAUAGUCAGGUGCUAACUUUUACUUUGGUAAAUGCUUAAAAUCCAAGAUCUCCCGGUGGUCUAACACACAUCUGCCAAUGUACCAAUGUUUAUUUUUCAGUGACAUCCAGGGCCCCAAAGUAGAUCCAGUAAUGAGACUCUAGAACCAGCCCUGCACCCACUUAUACUCCCUGCAACACAGCACCAGCUCAGAGUACCCCACCCUGCUUCCUGUACCAGCUGGGACUUGGGCUAGCCAAGACUUGGGUGGGUGACCACCCCACAACCCUGCUUAGUAUGUGCCAGCUAGCAGGUGCACAGGCAAGAUAGCUGCAGUAUCACAUUGUUGGUGCCUCUCUGCCAGGGUCAGCCCUGAUGUCUUAGGUUUUUGUGUUUUUUUGCAGGGCAUAUGUGU